AUCUCGAUGAUUUAAGAAUGGAAGGAGUAACUACCCUUGUACCUUCUGGGAGCAAAUUUAACCAAGGUCGUGCUACUCACCCUGCCGAACCUCAGGCCAAGGUCACGUUGAACAUCUGUUCAAGGUGUGCCAGGCUUCAAGGAGAUAACCUGGCAGAAAGGACAGAAGAGACGUCACAAGUACUUCUUUCUCCAGAUGAAAUAGUCCCAGAUUCUUUGGAUUCUUUACCAGGGACUGAAGAAGCACUAAUGGAAGAGGGGGAAGAAUUUGAGAAAGCGUCUAAAUUGACAGGACCUGGAGAAGCCUCCAGUGGAGGACAGUCACUGAAAAACUACCUGGAAGAAGUGAGUUUUAAGUUAGCUUUGUAACAUAGUCUGAAAUCAGUCUAUCACAUAGGACGAAUUUCGCUUGGGUUUUCUCGAUCUGCUCUACAGUUUCCAGUCUAUACCCAAUCACACUGGUCAUGCCCACCAAAACAGGAUGAUAAAUAAUAUUUCAUCAAAAUGUUGUUUUUUUCCUUGUUGAUAGAGGGAUACCUUAUUUAGUCAUCCUGAAAAUGAUGUGUACAACUGCACAGGCCUAGGGCUAUCAUAUAUUUUCACUCACAAACAUUUGUUGAUAUCCUAAAAAAUGAGAAACACGUGCACAAAAUAA